UCUAUCGCCUCUGCCAAUUUUUUUGGAUUUUUGUUUUCGACGGAGCUCCCUCUAUCUCUCUCUGUCUCUCUCUCUCUCUCUCUCUCUCUCUCUCCCCCAUCUCUGAGCCCCCCCCACGACUUUUGACCUUCCUCCCAGCGGCUCCAGUAUGAGCUGGCUGAGCAGGUUGAACCCGCGGGCUCCCGGGAGCCGGUCCAGCCGGAGCGCCACCCCCUCCAGCCCCUGCACCGCCGACCCGGAGACCUGCCUCAUGGUGUUUGAGAAUCACUGGAGACAGGUCUCAUGGGUGUUGGAGCAGCACCAGCCGUCCUCCUCCAGUGACGACCUGACAGCGGUGAGGAAUCACACUGACCAGAUGUUGUGUCUGCUGGCAGAGGAGCGGCCCGCAGAGGUCUCGGAGGGCGGCGCCUCUGUGACGCCCAUGGGCCCCAUAUUGGAGCUGGUGGUCACUGAGAACAUCCUGGAGCACCUGGUGCAGUGGCACCUCCGCCGCGGCCUGGACCCGGACAGCCAGGGGGCGCUGUUAAAACUGUUCGAGAUGCUCAUCGGCCAAUCCCAGCAGCCCCUGCUGCAGCACACGGCCGUCCUCCAUCCCCUGCUGAGGCUGCUGGGAGCGUGCGGUGACCCAGAACUCGGUUGUCCUUCAGCCCUAGAAAACAGCCUGGUACUGCUGCUCAAUCAGGUCUGUGUGUCCAUGGCCCGCCAGCCGCUGGUUCUAGAGAUGUUGUUCCGCGCGGCGCCGGCCCAGCAGGGCUCCACCAACCUGCUGAUCUUUUCCCUGCUCGUGCCGUUCAUCCACCGGGACGGAGCCAUCGGACAGCAGGCCAGAGACGCGCUGCUGCUGGUCAUGGCGGCGUCGGCCAGCCACGAGGCCGUAGCCCGCUACAUCGCUGAGAACUCCUACUUCUGCCCGGUUUUGGCCACGGGCCUCAGUGCUCUCUACUCUUCGCUGCCCAGGAAGAUCGAGGUCCGAGGCGACGACUGGCACGCGCUGCGGCGGGAGGACUGGAUGGGCGUGUCGUCGCUCGUGCUCUUCAUGAACUCGCUGGAGUUCUGCAACGCUGUGGUGCAGGUCUCUCAUCCCCUGGUCCGCUCCCAGCUUCUGGACUACCUCCACAAUGGCUUCCUCGUACCCGUCAUGGGUCCCGCCCUGCAUAAGUCGUCGGUGGAUGAGAUGAUCGCCAGCACUGCAUACCUGGACCUUUUCUUACGCAGCGUGACGGAGACUUCCCUCCUUAAAACCUUCCUGCGCUUCAUCCUGCUGCAUCGCCACGACAACGACACCAUCCUGGACACACUGCUUACACGCAUCAGUAGCAAUUCACGGCUCUGCAUGGUAUCAUUGAGCCUCUUCAGGACUCUUCUCUCCCUAAACUGCGAAGACAUCAUGCUGCAGCUUGUUCUCAGGUAUCUACUGCCCUGCACCCAUGUAAUGCUGAGUCAGCGUCGUGCCAUCAGGGAGACGGACAUGUACGGAAAGUCAGCAGACAAGUUCCUGGCACUGAUCCCAGAGUGCUGCCGGCUGAGUGCAGCGCCCUCUGCUGAUCGGGACGAGGACUCUGCUUUCUGGGGCAAAGUGCUGAACAGCCCCAGCACAGAGUCUCCAACCCCGCCCAGACCCAGCACACCGUCCCGCUUAGCCUUCUUCAUGCGCCAACAGAGUAGCGGAGGCGGAUCAGGUGGAGGGGGUCCCUCUACCCCCACCAGCAUGGAACCGCUGCAGUCAGGUCCCCCCAGCUCUCAUUCCCUGUCCCCCGACAGCCCCAUGCACCAGCAGCAGGCCAACACAGAGAGUCUGGACUGGGACUCGGGCUACCUAGAGUACCUCAAAGAUGCCCGACGGGGCAUCGAGCUCAGCUCCUGGGCCUGCCGUGACUGGUCGGCCCCUUACGACGGAGAAAACCCCUCCCCGAAUACGGCCCCUACACCCCCGCCUCCCGUCACCUCCACUCCUUCCAUAGCGAUGUUCCCUGAGCACUUCUCUUUCCAGCAGGGAGGAGGCAGCAACACCUCUCCCAGCCAGCAGAGGGCAGCCGUCGUGGCGGCGGCUCGGUCCGAGUGGAGCACCUCGGAGCGUGACAGUGGGGAGUGGGACGUCACCAUCGGCAAAAACAACUGCAUCAGCCUCACGCCGCGCUCCAAGAAGCGCAGCCUGCAGAGAGAGGAGCUCCUGCCAAAACCAGUGCCGCCCCUCGUCCCUUCCUCCUCCUCCUCUUCGUCUUCAGCUGCCCCUUUAUCGACUUCCCACCCCGCCUCGUCCCCGGCUCCCCACAUUCCAACCUCUGCCAUCACUGUCAGUUACCAAGCCAUGUACAACGGAACAACGGGGGCGGAGGACGGAUGCAUGGACAGUCGAGAUAGAGGACUGGAGGUAAAGAAAGUCAAGAGAGACUUGGGGGAGCAGCAGUACUUGGACGAAAACGCGAAUCAGAAUGGAUCCCUUGUCAGCUGCCCCUCCCAAAGCUGCGCUGCUCUCCCACAGUCAAUAUUUAGCAACAGUGAGAUGAACGAUUCAAAAUCUCUUUGCCCCAACCAGAUUCCCUCUCAGAGCUCGGUCGCCCAGCCGACGGCGGACACCAAACCGCUGACGUGCGACGCCUCAAACCUGCACGGCACAUCCACAGAUCUUCCAGAAGCCAACCAGACGCAGCAGUCCGUAGAGAGUCUCAUCAAGGAGCUGCUGGAGCAGGCGCCAGGAGACCCACAGCUGGCCGUUGGAGACUCCAACGGCCAGGGCAUCAGUAUCGAGGCCUUCACCCAGGAGCUGAGGGAGCUGGAGGAGCGGGUGAGAGAGCGCGCCAGAGCGGCCUGCCAGCUGGACGAAAGCACCAGAGCGUCCCUGACCUCCGAGCGGCAGGAGGAGGAACAGCAACCGCCUUCGGCAAUGGAGGCAAAGCUGACGGUUGACGCUAAGGGAGACUGUUCCGCAGCAGGCGUCUGCAGUCCCGCCAGACCGCUAAUCCAGCCCGCCCCUCAGCCGUAUACAGGUCCGUUCAUGGUGGUUCUGUUCACCAAGCUGGAGAACAUGCUCCAAAACUCUCUGUACGUCAACAUCCUGCUGACGGGCAUCGUGGCCCAACUGGCCUGCUAUCCUCAGCCCCUCCUACGCUCCUUCCUGCUCAACACCAACAUGGUCUUCCAGCCCAGUGUCAAGUCACUGAUCCAGGUUCUAGGUUCUGUAAAGAACCGUAUCGAGGCGUUCGCAGCCUCCCACGAGGACUUCCCCGCCAUGUUGAAGAAAGCCCAGCAGUACCUGGUGGCUCGAGGCAAAGUGGACUGGACCGACUCGCCCGGUGUCCCCACCCUGAGGCGCUCUGAUUCACUUGUGAAGAGUCGUAAACCAUCUCUGGGUGACCUCAUCCUCCGUCACACCAACAGCCCGACUCGGGCCCGACACGCCGCUCAGCUGGCCCUCGCUCACGUACGGGACGGGGGUCAAUCCCUGCACAGUGCUCUGUUCCGCAGCGGUGGAGGAGCCUCCGGCCUGGAGAAACAGGCGGAGGCCCUGCGGGUGAAGAACGCUGUCUACUGCGCCGUAAUCUUCUGCGAGUUCCUCAAGGAGCUGGCCGCCCUGGCUCAAGAGCACGCCGUCAGUCUGCCAUUCUCUCACAGCCAAGAGCCAGAGGAAUAGACCUUAACAUAGACUCAUUUCAGCUCUUAGCUCUCAUUUCUAGUCAUUCUGGCUGUAAACAGAGUUCUAAAGGACGGACCAGAGAACUGAGACUUUACCGUCUGCUCUGACAGACAGAAGCAAGAUGAACACAGUGGCAUUUUUCUACCAAAAUCAUUAUAGGAUACCUAUAGGACUGGAAAGAUUUUACUCCUCUGUAAACUGUAAUGAUAUUGUGCAUAUCAUGUAUUAUAUUUACAUUGUAUACACAGAAAAUCUCAGUAGAUGGCUUGAGAUUUGGGAUCUUGUACAUACACGUACCAUGGUACCAUAUUCAUGGUAAAAGGUGACAAAGUGAAGCCACAGAUAACAGAAAUAGGCGCACAUACCGGUGCUAGUCGAUACUCUUUACGCUUGAAGGUGAGGCUGCACAAAAACGCCCGACACCAAAAAUAGUUUUAAAGCGUAGGUGAGUCAGUUCUGUCAGCUUUUGCCAUCUGCUGACAUCAGUUUUUCCGGCCAAUAGAGAAAGCGCACUGAAAAACAAUAGCGCAUUAUCUCUGUUUCAUCUAGAAAAAUGCUGAGCUGCCAUUACGACUGAAAUCAAUGAACGAGAUGGAAACUGGAAAACAGAGGAGAGGAAGAGCACCGCUUCCACUUCCUGUAUAUCAACACGACCAACAAAAAUGUACUGGAAAAAAAACAUUUCAAGUAAUUCAUACUUUUUUUGUGUGUUUUUUUUUUCUUGGAAAUCACACCAUUUUUGUAGACAUAUCAUAAACGUGGGAGCCAGUGUGUAUGUUCGCGUACGGCAGAAUAACAUUUUCUUAUUUUUUAAAAAACAGCUCCUCUCCAUCAGGAAGCUGUUCACUUGUUGCCAUGGAAAAGGCUGUGGGCUUUACAAUUUCAUACCUUUUUUUUAUGUGUCAUUUAGUCUUUUUAAAAAAACACUAAGAACGCUGCAAGCAAAAAGGUGAGAAGGGAAAGUAUUUGUUUUUCUUUUUAGGGAACGUUAGCUUGAUUUGCAUUCCCUUUAAACUGACAGUUGAGGCAUUCACUGACAUUUCUUUGAGCAUAUCUUUGUCUGUUUAGCUAUAAGCUAAAAACAACAUUUCAAUUUUAUUUAAAAAAAAUAAUUGUCCCUACCUUGUGUCCGUGUGGUGAGACAGGCCAAACUGAACACACAACUUAACAUGCUGCUAUUUUCAUUUUACUUUAAAAACACUAACACUACGAUCUCUUUGUUCGAUAGGUACCAAGUAUAAAUGUGUAUGUGAGCAUGCGGAGGAGUCUACGUUUAAUUUAUUUCGGUGUGUGAGGUUGAAUGAAGGAGCAGCCACACAGUGUUAAAAGCUUUCAGAAAAGACACAUUAGCUUCGAGCGCUCGUCUUUUCUUCCUCAACGUUAGCAUCUUUUAGAAGCUUCGCAUUGGUAGUAUGCUAGUUUUAUGACAGUAACACGUCAUUUCUUAACGUGUAUCUCCAAACGCUACCUAGGAAACCGAAUGAGUAAGAAAUGACAGGUGUAAGAUAAAAGCUCCACCUACUUAUGACUCAGCGUUUCGUGAAAUAACGGAAGGUUUUUUGCACAUGCUAGCCAUCCUCUCUCGACUCAUAGCAGUAGAGAAAUUACCUGCCAUCCUCAAAAGUCUUACACCUGAAAACUCAUAUUGACACGCCAUCUUUUAUUUUUUUUUCCAAGUGUCUUGACGUUUUUAACAAGUUGAGUUUUUUCCCCAACUUGUCAAAGCCAUAAGCGACUGUAGUCGUCUUCAUAAACACGCUCCAUCACUGCUGUAAGUCACGUUUUCUACACAAUGAAUAUAUAUCACCCCCUCUGUUUUUUUUCUUCUUUUUUUUGUAAAGUACCAUAUGAAGCCAGGGUUAUAAUUCUAUGUAGUGUAGGGUGAGUUUUACCGGUUUGUGCAACAGUGCCAAACUCAAAUUAGCUUCCGUGCAGGAGCGUUCAGUGUUUUUCGUGAGUCAUCCGGCUGCCUGCGGAGAUUAGUGGCGGCAGAUUAAAUCUGUAGAAAAACCCCUGCUGUAUUUUACUCACUGCCAUCCGUCCGUUAAUUCAGCCACACUGCAGCACAUCCCUGUGUUGAGAAUGAGAUUAACACAUCAAUUUAAUUCCAUUUUUCCUUCCACUUUUUCACUUUUACUCUUAAGAUUGUGGGCAUUUUUUCUCAGCGGUUCAGUUAAAGUCAAUGUUCAGCUUCUUUUUCAGUUCCUCGUUCGGUUAUAGUCGAACAUUUUCAUCUAUCAGCUAUCUGUGUUUCUGUGUGGACACCAAAGACAAUCUGUGAAUACCUGAAACUCCCAGUGUCUCUGUUUUAAGCAAUCAUACACAGUUUAAAGUUCCACUAUGUGAACACUGGAACAAACCUUGUAUAGAAAGCACUUUUUAAAAAUGUUCAAAAUAUAACUAAAUGGAGAAAAAAAAAGUAGUGUUUUAAUGGUUACAGUCCAAACACAAUAGAACGGUGGUAUUUAACAGCCUCCCUCUUUUUUAUAGGAAAAUGUUAAGGAAAAGACAGAUAACAUUGUAAUAAAAACACUGUUAAUUGCUCAGAUGUGGAGAGAUGGUAUCAUUGCUGCGACAUACUUGGAUAAUAGAACCAACAGCCAGACCUACAAAAUAAGAUGAGGGUGUAGAUGAGAUUCAACCCUGAUUGAUAAAAAGGGAGUUACUCAGUAUUACUUGAAACUCAUAUUUUCAAUUAUUGGCAUUGAUCUUGUGCUACUGAUUUUAUUUUAUUUUUUCUUGGGGGGUUGUAGCUCACACUCACUGCUUUUUAAAGAAAUACUUAUUUAAUUUUAAGAAUACAAAGACAAUACAAAGAGAUGAUUUUCUAAGGUGUUAUUGGGCGGUGCCGAUAUGGAAACACAUUACUCAUAAAAUAUACUGAAGGCAUCAUGUUCACUGUGAUGAAUUACUGAGCUUUAUGAAAGUGGGUUUUCAUACUUGAAGGGCAGCAGAUGGUGGAAAAGUGAACCAUCCAACUGCAGACACCAGAAGGAAUUAUGGACACGAGUACUGAUCAUUUCAAUCUACAUUUGAGAAUAAAAGUAUGGAAACCAAUGUAACAAAGUGAGAAAACCAAAUUUCAACCAAAAACUCUUAUAUAAUGUCAAAGUAACAAGUUAGGGCCUCCAAACUAUCAAAAAAAUGUUUUAAUGUGAUGGCUUGAAGCAUUUUUUUUAAUAAUUGUGUUUAUUUUUUCCAGGCAGAUGUUCAUGUGUUGAGUUUCUAUGUUUUGUAUAUUAGAGAGUACAUGCAUUUCACACAGCAAGCCAAAGCGGUUCACCAUCACUGACUUUCACUUGAAUUAUAGACGUUCAAACGUCUUGAAAUCACAAAACGGCGACACGAUUCACAAGCUUUCACGUCACAGUUUGAGUUGCAGACAAUUUAAACCUGAGUUUCCUCUGAAGGACUCCAUUCCUUUCCACGUUCCAUACACUUUGUGCCAUGUUCCAUGUAGAUCUUUCACGUUUUGAUUUGUAACGCUCAUUACAGGAUGUACAGUAUCUUCUCCUUUUUUUCCCCUCUCUCGUUCUUUCUUUGAAAAGCUUCGACUUUAUCCCCUCUGACAUUUUUCCCCUGCGAUCUAUGCAAAACAUGCUCUGGUGUCCCCCCCGCGCCCCAGGUUGAAGCAGGUGAAAUGACGUGGACUGGUGUAAUGUGUAAAUACUGUAUAAAACAGAAAAAAGAAAAAAAAAACAAUGGGUCAAAAAUGCAGAAGUAUGUGACAUAACCAACAGGGCAGAAUGAAAAUCACGCUCAAGUAAUGUAACGAUGAAUGUUGUCAGAAAUAUUUUUCUAUAUUUUGAAAAUCAUUAGAAGAAAAAAAAAAGGACAAAAAUACAAUGUGGGGGAAAAAGCUGUCAGAAGAACACUACAAAGGGAAUGUUUUUAUUAAUUUAUAAAUUCUUUGCCUAGCAAUAUCACACGUGUCCUGGUGUCUUUUCUUUGUCGUCUCAUGGCUGAACUGAACUUCAUAUAUCCUGUCUCACAUAAAACAACUUUUUUGGCUUGUGUUCUUUAAGAAGUGUCAACCCUGUAUUACAAAUGAUGACUUAAGUGUGGACAAAAGUUUGAGCAACUCAACCAAAAAGUUAAAAACAGCCAAUAUUUCACA